CGAAAACAUCAAUGUUGUGAAGGACCGUUUACACACACUGCGUAAACACAGACAGUAGCAACACAGAUGUCUUAUUUACGGUUGAGGCGGAGUAAGUGCCUUAUGGAAUCUCAAAAUCGCACCAGUGGAACAGCAUCGCAGAAUUCUCUGUGGAAUUUAAUUAUGGAACACGUCCCGCCCUCUGAACUGGCCGAGGUCCGCUCCAUAAUAGGAGAAGCAUUGAUAGACUUUUAUUCAGACCUUUGCACCGAGGUGGAGACGUGGGAGCAGAUUUGGAGGGAAUCGCUCUCCACCCGGCAAGGCAGUCGGCCGAAGACUAUGCGGUCACCCCUGGCUGACCCCCCAGCUAUUAAAGCCCUCCUGAAGGCUGAGAUCCAGCUGCUGCUGCUGUCGGUGAGGGAGAGGGCGUCCAGGGGGGGCAGGGAUGCGGAUACUGCACUGUCCAGCUACAGCCCUAGCGUGGUCAGCUACGCCCUUGGCAGUGGCUCCAAGAGUCCCAGAAGCUCUGUGGAAAACAGGACACACCUAGGCAGACCCCAGUCCAAACAGAGCCAAAAUGGAAGUAGGUCCAGUUCCCGGGCUCUCCUCCGCCUCCAGCCUGGAGGAGGAGAUCGAGUCUGUAAAGACCAAGCUGAACGUCGCCCACUGUGGACGAGGGUCGUCUCCCAUCUCCAAUCAGUGCUCAUGGAAGACUGUGAAGCUUUGAAAAUGGAAGUUCAGUCUUUGCAGGAAUGUGUAGAGCAGGCCCAUCACAGCCAGGACGGUGGGGAACCCCCGGAGCCCACUGUAACAGAGCUGAGAGAGCAGAGGAAAGUCAUCCAGAUGGACCUGCAGCGGCAGCCCCAGAUGAGCGGCGCGGCCUCUCCUGAUAAGGCUGCCUCUCAGGGGCUCUCCAGACAAAGGACAGAACGCCAUGUCAAUGAUUUAGGGAUGUACCGCAAUCCAGCGCCUCCAUCAGCAUCAAAGAAGCCUCUCCCCAGGCCCCCGUCCUCUCCGAGUCUGCCAGCCUCCACUCCUGGAGCCCAGCUUAGUGCUGCCCACCCAGGCAGGACGCCAGGAUCACCCCCCACCCUGGACCACUUGGCUUCUCGUCUCCCAGGGUCGCUCUCCCCAGAGGCCCCAGAGUGGGGGAGGGAGGGGGGCUGCAGCCGAGACACAUCAUUCCCCCGUCUCAGGCGUGGAGGCUCCAGACUUGGGGAACCGAGCCUCCCGCCCCUGCUCAACUCCUCCAGUCCCUCAGAGCUGCGGAUCGGGCAGUGUGCGAUCGUGGGAGAGGGCCAACAGGGUGGUCUCUCUCUGGACGCUAACCCGGUGUGUGACAGACUCAAACAGUGGUCACUUCAGUCAGGGAAGGGUGUGCGGUCAUCUUGCACGGAUGCCUCCACGCACCCACUCCCUCGCGCCAGUGGGGUCAUGGAGUGCCGUCUGGCUAGCGAGCUGUCCCUGGAUGCCAUGGUGCCCUGUCCACCUGUGUCCCAGAAACCGGCCAACAGGGGGCAGAGUGUGGCCAGGCGUCUGGGCCUUCCCCAGGGCGACAGACUGGUUAGUCCCUCCUGACCCUGGAGGGUCCCUGAAGGGACAUUGCACUGAGCAGUCAGGGAGUUUACAUGUGAAGACAGCCAUGCAUUCAGAUGCCAAGUGAUUAUAUUAGUGAUCAGUUUGUUUGGGUUGGGUAUAGGCAUGUGGUUACUUGCACUAGAAAGAAACUUUCCACUGUCAUUGCAGGUAGAGGAGUGAUUUUAUUGUGCAGUUUGCAUUCAACGUAAAAAUGUUUACUACAAAUGUACAACAAACCACAAACUAAGACAAGGCAUUUGUUAUGUGUAAAAGCAGAAUGUGAUUAUGUUGUAAAUGCAAUGGAAUUGUGGAUUAAUAGAAUGUGAAUAAACACAACAUUCUCUUUAA